GAGGAAAAUGGCCCAAACUACUGCACCAGCAACAUCCAUCCAUGAUGAGGACUCCUCUGAAAGCAGAAUGGUGGUUACAUUCCUCAUGUCAGCACUUGAGUCAAUGUGUAAAGAACUUGCCAAGUCCAAGGCAGAAGUUGCCUGUAUUGCUGUAUAUGAAACAGAUGUGUUUGUAGUUGGAACUGAGAGAGGAAGAGCCUUUGUCAAUUCUAGGAAAGAUUUUCAGAAGGAUUUUGUUAAAUACU